AUGCAAACCCUACGAGUCUCCAGCACCCUGGCCCUCCUGGGAUUGGCCCUGACCCUCUGCAGCUUGAGCGCCGCCUCACAGCCAGAUCUGCGCUACCGGCGAGUCCUCCAGAGAGCCCGCGCCGCUGCCAUGGGUACACAGGACUGGAGUAAGCGCGAGGUGGAGGAUCUCCUGUCACAGCUGGCACCGCCCGAGGGCGAGGCCGUGGAGGGCCAGGUGUCGACGACGGACGAGAGCGAGGACGUGCGCGUGGAGCUGGAGCGCUCUGUGGACAACCCAAACAACCUGCCGCCGCGCGAACGCAAAGCCGGCUGUAAAAACUUCUACUGGAAGGGGUUCACUUCCUGCUGAGCGCCCCCCUCCUACUCCAAACCUGCCACCGCACCCCAGCAGCAACCAUUGCU